GCCGGCCUCCGGCCCCGCUCCCCGGCCCGCCCGCCGCGCUCUCACUCGGUCGCGCCGCGGAACCGGCAUGGGAGCUGCGCGCGCCCUCCCGGCGCCCACACCUGUCUGAGCGGCGCGGCGAGCCGGGGCCGGCGGGCGACCCGGCGCGGGGUGGUGCUCAGCAUGGCGGGGACUCCAGGGCGCCCCAUCUUCCUCCUCCUCCUCUGGGCUGUCGGGCAGGUGAGUCCCUCCAGCGCCCACUGGAAGCCCACUUGGCCGGCCUACCGCCUCCCCGUGGUCCUGCCCCAGUCCACCUUCAACCUGGCCAAGCCGGACUUCGGGGCCGAAGCCAAGCUGGAAGUGUCCUCCGCGUGUGGACCCCAGUGUCAUAAAGGAACGCCACUGCCCACUUACGAAGAAGCCAAGCAGUACCUGUCCUACGAGACCCUCUAUGCCAACGGCAGCCGCACCGAGACGCAGGUGGGCAUCUACGUCCUCAGAAAUGGUGAGGGGCAGUCUUCGGGGAAGUCUCGGAGGAAGCGGCAGAUCUACGGCUACGACAGCAGGUUCAGCAUCUUUGGGAAGGACUUCCUGCUCAACUACCCCUUCUCGACCUCCGUGAAGUUGUCCACGGGCUGCACGGGCACGCUGGUGGCCGAGAAGCACGUGCUCACAGCCGCCCACUGCAUCCACGACGGCAAGACCUACGUGAAAGGAACCCAGAAGCUCCGGGUGGGCUUCCUGAAGCCCAAGUUUAAAGACGGUGGUCGAGGGGCUAACAACUCGCACUCAGCCCUACCCGAGAAGAUGAAAUUCCAGUGGAUCCGGGUGAAACGCACCCACGUCCCCAAGGGUUGGAUCAAGGGCAAUGCCAACGACAUCGGCAUGGAUUAUGACUACGCCCUCCUGGAGCUCAAAAAGCCCCACAAGAGAAAGUUCAUGAAGAUCGGGGUGAGCCCACCUGCCAAGCAGCUGCCGGGGGGCAGGAUCCACUUCUCGGGUUACGACAACGACCGACCCGGCAACCUGGUGUACCGCUUCUGUGACGUCCAGGACGAGACCUACGACCUGCUCUACCAGCAGUGUGAUGCCCAGCCCGGCGCCAGCGGGUCCGGGGUCUACGUGAGAAUGUGGAAGAGACAGCAGCAGAAGUGGGAGCGGAAAAUCAUCGGCAUCUUUUCUGGGCACCAGUGGGUAGACGUGAAUGGUUCGCCACAGGAUUUCAACGUGGCCGUUAGAAUCACCCCUCUCAAAUAUGCCCAGAUUUGCUACUGGAUUAAAGGAAACUACCUGGAUUGUAGGGAGGGGUGACGUGGGCAGGUUCCUUCCUGGCUGCUCUUGAGAGUCUUCAUGUACUUAUUUUAGGAAAGGCCAAAUGUUGUCAUUGGUAUGUGUAUAUGUGUGUGUGUGUGAGUGUGUGUGCGUGUGAAAUGUGUUAUAAUACCUUUUACCUAAUUUUUUUAAAUUACAGGAUGACUGGCCGUGUUAUUUGAAGACUGGUUGGCGUGUCAUAUAUCAUUCAAGCAGUUUGAAGGCAUACUUUUGCAUAGACGUGAAAUACAUGCUGAUGUUUGGGGCAAUAGGGAAGAUUUAAUGGUUAAGUUAAGCUUUCACCUUUUGAGAACUUUGAUUUUUAUUUCAUCUGAACUUGUUUCCAAAAGUUGAUAUUAAAUAUGUGGCAGAUGGGAGACAUAAACUCUGACGCGUGUAUAUGUGUGUAUUUUCUCCUGAGAGUCAACUUGUUUUCUUUUAUUAGUGCCUAAUCAUUCAUGUUUCCAGAUGUUCCCCACCACAUAUGACUCUUAGGAACUUUUACGAUACUUUUGAGACAGGCGGUUAUAAUGUUUUGGAUUUGGAGGCGUUUGCAUGGUAGUCCUGAAUCAGUAAGAUAAUUUAUACUGGUACACAUGUAGAAGAAUCCGCCUGCACUGUGGGAGACCUGAGUUCCAUCCCUGGGCCAGGAAGAUUCCCUGGAGGAGGGCAUGGCAACCCGCUGCAGUAUCCUUGCCUGGAGAAUCCCCACGGACAGAGGAGCCUGGUGGGCUACAGUCCAUGGGGUCGCAAAGAGACGGAGAUGACUGAGCGACCAAGUGCGCACAAACACAGAUGCAAGUAUGUCCUACAGUAAGUUGGUAUCCCAGGCAUCUUCCGGUUUUGACAUUGCUUCUCUUCUGAAAACCAUUGCUGUGUUUUUUGGGAAGACUUCGCAUGUGACACUCCAGUCCUGCAGUCCUACCAGAGUAGGCAAGAUCGUGUAUGCCAAUCCUUCCAUUUAACAGGAUUUCACUCACAUUUCUCAAACUAGCUUUUCCAGAAGACAAUAAUCAGGGCCUAAUUAGAACAGGCUGUCUUGCUUCCCGGCUAACAGUUGUGGUCACACUAAAAACAAUCAUUGUAUUUUACCCCUGGAGUGUAGCACAUCUCAUGUUUUAUCAUUUGGAUGGAGUAAUUUAAAAUGAAUUAAAUUCCAGAGAACAAUGGAUGCAUUGCUUGGCAGAUGUCACAACAGAAUAACCACUUGUUUGGAGCCUGGCACAGUCAUCCAGCCUAAUCAAAAUUAUUCUGCAUAGUUUUCAGUGCACUUUUGGGGAGCUGUGGACUUGUGCAAUUUAGAAACUUUUCUCUCUUACUUCACUUGUUUUAUAGUAAAAAUAUUUGGAAAGUGCUUUAAGAAAAACCAACAUGGCUUCUUUUUCACUAGCUCUUAAAAGACCUCUUUUACUAAAAUUCUCCAGGCUACAAGCACACAUAAUCUAGAAGAAGAGUAAAACUGGGAAUGUGAAAUGGAUCGGAAUCAUCACUUCAGUUAAUGUCUUUAUGACUGUUUCAUCAAUACGACCAUCACAGUAUAUAAAGAAAAGAAUUUGACUUAUUUUGGGUUUCCAUUCUAUGCCUCUCAGCCUGAGCAGUUCUUUCUAAAUGUAUCAUGAGAGGGAGAAAAGCAAAUGAAUUGCAAGGCAGAUACAUGGUGUGUUUGCGCCCCUGGCAGUUCCAGCCUGCACUGUGACUUUUUGUGGGAGGACAUUAAGAUACAGCGCUGAUGUUUAUGCCUUCUGCAGGUGACUUGCCUUAUGUUCCUCGAGCUUUUCGGAAGAAUGAUCUUGAUAAGGCACUCGAGCAACCACAGCCGUAGUACAUUCUUCCAGUCACAUAAGAAAAAUACUGUACAUAGCAGAGAUGCGGGGCCGCCAGGAAUCUUUGGAUUUCCACUACAAUAUGCUUUGGAAUCUAACAGGAAUCUAGCCUCAGGAAGAAGAGAGGUCUCCAUCUCUAUGUCUGGUAUUUGGGGGUGUUGUUUGUUUUCACUUUUGCUUGGUGCUAAAGGAAGUUUGCUGGACACCUAGAUCAGAACUGACUUUUUACACCUAAGCCAGAACUGAUUCUUUUUUUUAAAUAGAUGCUCCUUUUACAAAGCACCUUGAUUUCUGGAUUUUGAUUUUUUGCAGUGCUGAAACUCAACAAGGGUGGGCGAUGGCACAAAGUCAAAAUAAUAUGAUAUUUAGUUCACAAGUAGGUUUAAUUGGCUAAGGAUAGUGCCCACAGGCUGUAUACAGCAUGUCAUAGAAGUGUUAAAGAAGACUGUAUAAUAGCUCGACAUGCCCACCUUUUCAGUGGUAAUAGAAUCAUUAUAUUGAAAUAUUGUGGAAGAAAAGGCUCUGGCAAUAUUAUUAAUAUAAUUAGCACUGAAUAUAUAGUAGUUAUGCAUUGUAAGGAUACGUCCCUAGUAGAACAAUGUUUCCCAAAGUGUCUGCCUUAAACUCUCAUCCCUCCAGGUUUUCUACCCAAGAUGAAAAUCACACCAACAUCAAGGAGGAGGGAAAUGCCUGAGUAUUCCUUCUUUUCACUGGGGAUUCACUCACCUGUUUGCACGUUAAAAGCUCUAAGAAGUCCUGUAAUGAAGAGAGAUGUUUUAAAUUCUGUGUUUCAAUAAACGUCUUUGCUCACAGAA